AUGGGGUGUUGUGAGGUGAGGGGAUUGCUCUGGAGAGUCGGCCUCUUCCUCCCCCUGCUGACAGCGCGUCCCGCCGUCGCUGGUCACGUCGCCAGCAACCACGUUGUGUUACUUGAUACUACAGCUGCCCUUGGAGAACUAGGAUGGAAAACAUUUCCUUUAAAUGGGUGGGAUGCCAUAACUGAAAUGGAUGAACACAAUCGUCCCAUUCAUACUUACCAGGUAUGUAAUGUGAUGGAACCAAACCAAAACAACUGGCUUCGAACAAACUGGAUCUCCCGUGAUGCUGCACAGAAAAUUUAUGUGGAAAUGAAGUUUACCCUGAGGGACUGCAACAGUAUUCCAUGGGUACUGGGAACCUGCAAGGAAACUUUCAAUCUCUACUAUAUGGAGUCAGAUGAGUCUCAUGGAGUAAAAUUCAAGCCAAACCAGUACACUAAAAUUGAUACUAUUGCAGCCGAUGAGAGCUUUACCCAGAUGGACUUGGGUGACCGCAUUCUUAAACUCAACACAGAAGUUCGUGAGGUUGGGCCAAUAAACAAGAAAGGAUUUUAUCUUGCUUUUCAGGACAUUGGAGCAUGCAUUGCUUUGGUCUCAGUCCGUGUUUAUUACAAAAAGUGCCCUUUCACCGUCCGUAAUUUGGCUAUGUUUCCUGAUACUAUUCCAAGGGUUGAUUCUUCCUCUUUGGUGGAAGUACGGGGUUCCUGUGUGAAGAGCGCUGAGGAACGUGAUACUCCAAAAUUGUAUUGUGGAGCAGAUGGGGAUUGGCUUGUGCCUCUUGGACGAUGCAUCUGCAGUGUAGGAUAUGAAGAAGUGGAUGGCUCCUGCCAUGCUUGCAGGCCUGGAUUCUAUAAAGCAUUUGCUGGAAAUGUAAAGUGCUCCAAGUGCCCUCCACACAGUUUGACUUACGUAGAAGCAACUUCUGUUUGUCAGUGUGAGAAAGGUUACUUCAGAGCUGAGAAGGACCCACCAACUAUGGCAUGUACCCGGCCACCUUCUGCUCCAAGGAAUGUGAUUUUUAACAUUAAUGAAACAGCUCUCAUGUUGGAAUGGAGCCCCCCGAGUGAUACCGGAGGAAGAAAAGAUCUCACUUAUAGUGUCAUCUGUAAGAAAUGCGGGUCGGAUGCCAGCCAGUGUGAGAUUUGUGGGGGAGGUAUCCGUUUCAUCCCCAGGCACACAGGUCUCAUCAACUCCUCUGUGACAGUGCUUGACUUUGUGUCGCACGUGAACUACACCUUCGAAAUAGAAGCCACGAAUGGGGUCUCGGAGCUGAGUUUCUCUCCCAAGCAGUUCACAGCUAUCACAGUUACCACAGACCAAGACGCACCCUCCUUGAUAGGUAUGGUAAGGAAGGACUGGGCUUCCCAAAACAGCAUUGCCCUCUCCUGGCAAGAGCCGGACUUUCCCCAUGGAGCCAUUCUGGACUACGAGAUCAAGUACUAUGAGAAAGUCUACCCACGGAUAGCGCCGGCAUUUUGGCACUACCUGCGGGUAGAAGAGCAUGAGCAGCUCAGCUAUUCCUCCACAAGGUCCAAGGCUCCAAGUGUUAUCAUCACAGGUCUCAAGCCAGCCACCAAGUAUAUAUUUCAUAUCAGAGUCAGGACGGCAGCAGGAUACAGCGGCUAUAGCCAGAAGUUUGAAUUUGAAACUGGAGAUGAAACUUCUGAUAUGGCUGCGGAGCAGGGACAAAUUCUUGUAAUCGCCACUGCUGCUGUUGGUGGAUUCACUCUCCUGGUCAUCCUCACUUUGUUCUUCCUGAUCACUGGGAGGUGCCAAUGGUACAUAAAGGCCAAAAUGAAAUCUGAAGAGAAAAGAAGGGCUCAUUUGCAAAAUGGACAUUUACGUUUCCCGGGAAUCAAAACAUAUAUUGAUCCAGACACAUAUGAAGACCCAUCUCUUGCUGUCCAUGAGUUUGCAAAGGAGAUAGAUCCUUCAAGAAUUCGUAUUGAGAGAGUAAUUGGGGCAGGUGAGUUUGGAGAAGUAUGCAGUGGACGUCUGAAGACACCAGGAAAAAGAGAGAUACCUGUUGCAAUUAAAACUCUAAAAGGCGGCUAUGUGGACAGGCAGAGAAGAGAUUUCCUGAGAGAGGCUAGUAUCAUGGGACAAUUUGAUCACCCGAAUAUAAUUCGCCUUGAAGGAGUUGUUACAAAAAGAUCCUUUCCGACCAUUGGGGUGAAGUCUCUUUCGAGAUUCCUGAGGGCGGGAUUUUUAAAUAGCAUCCUGGCCUCACAUCCAGUGUCAGGGGGUGGAUCUUUACCCCCCAGCAUUUCCUCUGGCAGACCAGUAAUGAUUGUAGUUGAAUACAUGGAGAAUGGAUCCCUUGACUCCUUUCUGCGGAAGCAUGAUGGCCACUUCACAGUCAUCCAGCUGGUUGGCAUGCUGCGGGGGAUUGCGUCUGGCAUGAAGUACCUCUCAGACAUGGGCUAUGUACACCGUGAUCUGGCAGCCCGUAAUAUCUUGGUCAACAGUAACCUCAUGUGUAAAGUCUCUGAUUUUGGUUUGUCACGAGUGUUAGAGGACGACCCUGAAGCUGCUUACACAACAAGCGGUGGAAAAAUACCCAUAAGGUGGACCGCUCCUGAAGCUAUAGCGUAUCGGAAGUUCUCUUCAGCAAGCGAUGCAUGGAGCUAUGGGAUUGUAAUGUGGGAGGUGAUGUCGUAUGGUGAGAGACCGUACUGGGAGAUGUCCAACCAGGAUGUUAUACUGUCUAUUGAGGAAGGUUACAGGCUUCCAGCUCCCAUGGGCUGCCCAGCUUCUCUUCACCAACUAAUGCUUCACUGCUGGCAAAAGGAGAGGAACCACCGUCCAAAAUUUAGUGACAUUGUCAGCUUCCUAGACAAACUGAUCCGCAAUCCGAGCACCCUUCAUACCCUAGUGGAGGACGUACUUGUAAUGCCAGAUUCACCUGGUGAAGUUGCAGAAUAUCCUUUGUUUGUUUCAGUCAGUGACUGGCUGGACUCCAUAAAAAUGGGUCAGUAUAAAAAUAACUUCAUGGCAGCAGGUUUCACAACUUUGGAUAUGGUUUCAAGAAUGAGUAUUGAUGACAUUAGAAGAAUUGGAGUUGUACUCAUUGGACACCAGAGACGAAUAGUCAGCAGUUUACAGACUUUGCGGUUACACAUGAUGCACAUACAGGAGAAAGGAUUUCACGUAUGA